GCAGCAGUGAGUUGUAUUUCAUUGCACAGUAACCAAACAAAUAAAAACAUUGUAAUAUCAAAUUAGAAAGUAUAAGAGAUAACCACAACAAUAAGAGAUUUUGGUAGUUAAAUGAUCAAAAUAGGCAUCUUUGAACGUGAUGAUGUUAUCAAUAGGAAAGCAAAACAUGAUUCAGGUAACAGUCCACAUUAAGUUCUCGAAACAAUUUGCAAGGAUGUGAAUUCGAUGUUAGAGGGUCAAGACCAAGACUCCAAAGUGUAUCAUGGCUGCGAGCUGAAGCCUGCAAGGUACAACCAAAAGAGAUGGAUCAUUCUCAUUCGAGCUCGGUUAGCUGAAUUAAAAACAAUACGGCUUACAACUGUAGCUAAAAGCUUAUCAUACACUGACACACCCUACCACCAUGCUCUGCACCGACAGGAGGUGUACUAAUAAAGCGGCCAGUAGCAAGUGAAUGGAAUCGAUGGAGACUGUAAUGAGAAGCAGUAGAAAGGAAAUGAUGAGUCAAUUAAAGGUUAGAGUUCAAAUCCGUUGGUGAUUGCUCGAAGAUUGAUGAGAUAAAACAUGUGACAAUUGUAAGUGAUCUGAUUGGUUGAGUCGUUCUAUGAACACCUAAUUGUGCUCAAUC